UUGUGAAUGCGAUUGAACGUACGUUUUUGUAUGCAAUUAAAAUCAUUUAACGAAAAUAAAAUUUGAUCAGUAUUUUAUUUUUACGCUGGACGGGAAGUGGCAACGCUCAAUAUGUUCCCACCGACGCGAAUACGCAGUUGUCUUCCUGUCAUCAGCCCGAUGUUCAAACAACGACUAAGACCGCACAGGCCAUUUAGGCAGACAUCUACGCUUCAUCAGAAUCAAACAAAGGCGGCGUUACCGAGGAAUAAAUGGAUGAAUCUACGCGCUAUUAUCACGCGCUGGGUGCCACUUGGCAGUGUAAUGUACGUCGGUUGGUGUUAUAUUCGUGCAAGCAUAGACUAUGAAAUAUCGAAGAUAGAAAUUCGAUUUUACGAAAUGUUCCCUUUUCGAGUAACGAGCAGAAUUUGGGGGAAGAUAGCGGCGUGCGAGCUUCCUACGUCGAUAAGAAGUUACGUUUACGGUACGUACAUUCGACUUUUUAACGUAAAUUUGAACGACGCCGCGGUCACUGAUUUAUCUUAUUAUAAAAGCCUUUCCGCGUUCUUCACGAGACCUUUGCGUGAAGGUGCGAGGUAUAUAUCACCUGCAUUAUGCGUAUCUCCUUGCGAUGGAGUAGUUUUGAACUGCGGUCCAGCCGAUACCGACAAAAUUGAACAAGUAAAGGGAGUUACAUACAGCCUAGAAGAAUUUAUAGGCGAUAAUAAAUGGGCAGAGAAAAAGGAACCUAAUUACUACAAUUCUUUGCUUAAAAACAAGGACAAUAUAUUACAUCAGUGUAUAAUUUACCUAGCUCCUGGGGAUUACCACAGAUUUCAUUCACCGUGUGACUGGAUUGCCACAUUCCGGAGACAUUUCUCUGGUAAACUACUCUCGGUAAACCCGUGGAUGGCUAGAAUAAUACCAGGCUUGUUUACAAUGAAUGAGAGAGCAGUGUACAUCGGCGAAUGGAAACACGGAUUCUUCAGCAUGACUGCUGUCGGAGCUACUAAUGUUGGAUCUAUAGAAAUUUACAAAGAUCCUGAUUUACGAACGAAUACUAAAGGAAAUAGGCAUCGUAUAGACGAAUCAGAAACUCAUAUAUCAUUUAAAAAAGGUGAACUAUUUGGCCAGUUUAACAUGGGUAGUACAAUAAUACUGUUAUUUGAAGCACCAAAAGAUUUUGAGUUUGACUUGUGUUCAGGCGACAGGGUUUUAGUUGGCCAGGCAUUAACAACUAUGAAGAAACAGGAGAAGCAGCAGAGUAGAUGACUGCUUUCAGAUGUUUUACAAUUCACCCAAGCCGCGUUAGUAUUUUAUAUUGUUAUAGCUUUACUGUAACACUGACGUUGCAGCCAUCGAAUAUAUUUACAAUUUUUUUUAUACUUGAAGAUUCAAAGUGUUGAGAUCUCUUAUAGAACUAAUAUGUUUAUGUGAAAGUACUUGCGACAUUAUAUUGUUCUUCUCCUUGUUAACUGCUUUUUGUGUCUGUCAUUUUUGUCAUAACGGAACAAAACAUGAUUUUACUGACUUUUUUAAGCAAGCAUUCUCUAUUUAUCUUCAAAUAACUAACCCAUAUACAAAUAUAAUGCAAUGAUAAAAUGACUUUGAAGCCAGCUGUAGCUACGUACCAUCGGCUAAAUUUGUUAACCUCAUGUUUUUAGACUAAAUCCCUUUUUUACGGACAAUAUCCGGCAAUUAAAGUUUAAAACAUAAUUUCUAGACCCUUUUUAGUUAUAAAAUAAAGGUAUAAUUAUAAAUUCUUAUUUAUUGGCAGUAUUCUUUUAAGAUUUUGCCAGUAUCAAGUCUUAUUGGUUCCCGUGGGUUCUGCUAUUAAACAUUUUGUGGGAAUCAUAAAUUAUUGUAUAAUUAUUUUUAGUUAUUCCAGUUUUUGCCUACUCAAUAGUUGACAUUAAUGAAGGUACAAGGUUUAUGAAUUUUGCUGACGAUAUGUGAAAUUUUAAUCCAAACAUACGUUAAAAAGUUUGCUAACGCUAACAAUAGCAAUUAAUAAGGAGAAGAUCAAAAUAAGCAGUUAACUGCAAGGCGGCUUAUUUCCCAGUAGAAUUAAUACAGGGUUUUUUUUAGUUUAAAACAGAUAUAAUGCUUGCAAUGUUCAAAUACCGUUCACGAUGUUUAGUUAAUUAUAUUAAAACUAUUCAUGCCUUUUUAAGAUCGAUCUUCAUGGAGCCGUUUCCACCCCGGCUCAAGGUAAAUAUUAUUUUCGUUUUGAUAAAGUGUCCAUACUGGCAAACCAUUUUAUUCCGCUGAAAGUAUGUGAAGCUAUCGAGAUUGCUCGUCAUUCGAAUUUUAAUCGUGAUAGUGGUUGAUCGGUAUACUCCGCCUGGAAAACAAUAUUAGGUACCGUGUGAGUGGUUAGUAUAGAUGAGAUUUUAGAAUGUGACGUUAAUGUAGUAUGCAAUACUGCAUAUAAGUAAUGAUGAAAACGAAGGUAGUUGCUCGCCGCCACCGCUUGCACCCGCAUCACCUGUACUGAGUGACUGAGCUAUCCGGGCUUUGGCAUGCAGUAUUCGUCGUGUCGUCGCCACGGAAGCUAAUUAUUAAGGACCAUGGAGUGGUUCAAAACAUGAGCAAAAAUUCGACUUAAAUUAUCCGUUAUUUCAGUUAAUAUGUCGGAGUUUCUCAGUAGUUUUCAAUUUAAGGAAUUUAGGAGUGCAUAUGGGUUAUGAAACCAGGCAGCUGCUAAUUCCACUUUAAGAAAAAUAAAAACGACACUGGGGUGGAACCGAUCUCGGGAAGUCCGAGGCUUGAAAUAUGCACUUUAAACAGCUUAAGAAUAA